AUGAUUGCUCUGCUCUUCAUCUACUCCUCAUCUUCUUCUUCUUCUUCUUCUUCUUCUUCUUCUUCUUCUUCUUCUUCUUCUCCUCAUAUGGGUCUCCCUCCCACUUCAAUCCAAACUCAACAUUCUGCAUCCAAGAAGCCACCAUUGAAGACAUUAGACUUGCUUUCAAGGAAAAGAAACCGGCAUCAAAGCAGCUCGUUGAUUUUCGAAGCAAUCUCCAAACUCAAUCCGAUACUCCACGCAGUCAUCGAGACGAAUCCAGAUGCAUUGAUCGAAGCAGAGAUCGCAGACAGAGAACGUGACCUCAAGAGACAACAAUAA